CGGGUAUGGAGGUGGAAAAACCUGCGGACGCCGAGGUGGGCGCUGACACCGGAACAGAGUGCUGCCCUCGAAGUCCAGCCUGCAGCCUCCGGCACUUUGCUUGUGAACAGAACCUGCUGUCCCGGCCGGAUGGAUCCGCUUCUUUCCUGCAAGGUGACACCUCUGUCCUGGCUGGAGUGUAUGGGCCCGCCGAGGUGAAAGUCAGCAAAGAAAUCUUCAACAAGGCCACACUCGAAGUGAUCCUUAGGCCGAAGAUCGGGCUGCCUGGUGUGGCAGAGAAGAGCCGGGAACGACUCAUCAGGAAUACAUGUGAGGCAGUGGUCCUGGGGGCCCUGCACCCCCGAACCUCAAUCACUGUGGUGCUGCAGGUGGUGAGCGACGCUGGCUCUCUUUUGGCCUGUUGCCUGAACGCUGCCUGCAUGGCACUGGUGGAUGCGGGCGUGCCCAUGCGGGCGCUCUUCUGCGGGAUCAGCUGUGCCCUGGACUCCGAUGGCACGCUCGUGCUGGACCCCACAGCCAAGCAAGAACAGGAGGCCCGGGCCAUCCUGACAUUCGCUCUGGACAGCGUGGAGCAGAAGCUGCUCAUGUCCAGCACCAAGGGGCUCUAUUCUGAUGCCGAGCUCCAGCAGUGCCUGGCUGCUGCCCAGGCCGCCUCGCAGCAUGUCUUCCGCUUCUACCGGGAAUCACUGCAGAGGCGCCACUCCAAGAGCUGAGACACGCCUGGGCGGGGUGCUCCGCCCACCGCGGGGCGCCACGCCCACCGCCUGCAGCUGCUACAACCCAGCACCCGUCUUGUCAAUGUCUGCUGUCUUGUCUCUGUCUAGCCUACUUGGCUUCGGUCCUGUAGCCUCAGGGUCUCCUGUUCCAGGCUGGGGAGGGGUCCCAGGAACGUUUCUAGGACUGGACACCCCUUUCUUCCCCCCACCAGGACACCAUUAAAAAGAGCCCGUCUGUGUUGA